GACAAGAAGCUCGAAAACCCAUACCCUGUUCAACGGAUCAUCCCCGUAUAGUCCAUAUGUGGGAGUACCCCCCGCCCCCUACCCUGGACGUGUUUGUAUCUAAUUUAGAUUGCGUGGACCUAUAUAUUCAACAGUUUGACUGAAUGCACUCUACCAAGUGAGGAUAUGAUAUAAUAUAACGUGGUUAAAGAGAUGUUAGCGAGUCGAGUAAGUUAUUUAGCACGGGCUAGUCGGCUUGUGAAGCAUUCAAGGCUUCUUAGUACUAUUGCUAAUGUUAAGGAACAAAAGUCUUUAGUCACUGAAGUGCACAAGAAGGACUCUAUGCUUCAUGUUCAUUGGAACGACCAAUCCGUCAGCCGUUUUCCAUACAUCUACCUCAGAGACAUCUGUAACUGCCCCAAAUGUUUAGACGCCAAGUCUUUCCAAAGAAAACUUGAUAUUGUUGGACAAAUCGACCUCAACAUUCAAGCUAAAAGUGUCGAGGUAACACAAGAUGGCCAAAAAGUACAAAUAAGCUGGCCCGAUAAUCAUGUCAGUGAGUUUGAUUCAAGAUGGCUUCACCAAAACAAGCUUAAAGAGAGGGGAGACGUAGUAGACGAAACGAAAGGAAUUGCUCGCGAAAGUGUGACUCUCUGGGAUAGAAAACAAAUGCAAGACAAACUUCCAAGAUUCAUAUUCGAAGACGUCUUGAGAAAAGACGAAGUCCUUUACAACUGGUUGUUUACUUUGCACGAAUUUGGAAUUACGCUAUUAGUUGAUGCACCUACGAACUCAGAUCCAAUAGCAGCCCUGGUUCUUGCUCAGAGGGUUGGUUACAACAAGGCAACACAUUAUGGGUUCAAAUUUGAUGUACAUGCAAAGUUUGAUGCAAACAACCUGGCUUACACAACAGAAUAUCUUCCUCUUCAUUGUGAUAUUCCAACAGCCAAGAAUUACCCAGGGGUCCAGAUUCUACAUUGUCUAGAGCAAGUCCCAACAAAAGGCGGAUCAAAUCAGUUUGUGGAUGGCUUUAAGAUCGCCCAAGACUUUAAGAACAAGGAGCCAGAACUGUAUGAUGUUCUGUCAAAGACACCAAUUCCUUAUGUGGAUAUUGGUGCAGAUGUCUUUGGGGACUUUCACCUCAAGAAUACUUGGCCUGUUAUUGAAUUGGAUCAUAACAAAAAGAUACGACGCUUCACAUACAACAACCACGUACGAGACUAUCACCUCACCAGCCCCCCAGAAAAAGUCUGUGACAUAUACAGGGGCUACAUGUUGUUGGGACAAAUGAUGAGAGACCCUGAAAACAAGAUAGACCAAAAGCUGCAGAAAGGCGAGAUGGUAACRUUCAAUAACAGUAGGGUACUUCAUGGUCGGAGUGAGUUCACCCCCACUAGGGCAGGCAAUCGGCAUUUACAGGGGACAUAUCUUGACUGGGACUUGAUUUAUGCUAGAUUACGUUCGCUUGGGCAGUCCCUUGGGCGACCUUUUAAUGAGUGAUUGAAGAGAAUGGGUGGGCCCAUGAAAAGUUAGCCAUGUCAGGUCAAUACAGGUAACCCAUGUGACGAAAUGCAUGCAAAAGAAAAAAGUUGUGAGUGAAGGUUAUCAUCCUGGUUUAGUUCUAUUACCAAUUGAAUAGUGAUUUGGAAUGUUACUUUUUAGUUUCUACUGAUUUCAGACUGCACCCUUUGGUAUAAAAACCUAAAAAUAUAUCUUGGCUAACAUGUACUGUAUUAUACAUAUAUAAUAUUAUAAUUAUUAUUAUUAUUAAUUCAAAAAAAAAAGAAGAAAAAUCAAAAAGAAAAAAAUUAAUACCAUAAAUAAAUAAACGGAUAAAACAUGUGAAAAAUGAAACUUUUUUUGCACGCAGUAAGUUCAGCUAUGCAAGCUUUUUAGAAAUUGUUAUGUGCAUCAUGACAACUGCGUAAAUCAUGAAACAAAAUAUAUUUUGUAAAAAACAUUAUUCCAGUUAAAAAAAAUAAAAACUCGAUUUGUAUUGUCCAGGCUAGUUAGAGAAGGGUCUAUGUAUCUAUUAUUUGAUAUUAUAACUAGACAAUAUCAUUUUAGGGUUAAUUAUUUAUGAUAGUAUUACGGUUUAAUUACUUGGAAAGGUGUCAUUAGUGUUAAAUAAGUGCUCAAUCACUAACAAAAGUUACCCUACCUUUUACUAAAUUGAUUUUCGCAUUCAAGUGUAAGCAGGACCGAUAUGAGUGGCAAUACUUUAGCUAAGAAGGACUUCAGGCAAAAAAGUUUAGUGCGAUGUCCUUGCUUGAAUUAAGUCAUUGGUACGAGAAAUGAAAUGCCGAGAUUUUUGGACCGUUUAUGAAAUAUAGGAAUUCAGAGAACAUAUACUUGCAAGCUGUUUCAACUCCACAAGAAAAAGCAAACCGCUCAGCAGUGGUCGAUCUUCAACAGGGAGUAGGGACUUUUCAAAGUCCAUCAUGGUGUACUAACAUUGCAUCCAACAUUGGUGAAUCUGGAAUGACACGUUGCAAAAUAUCCACACAUUGUUCUAAAGAGGCAUCUUCCUUCAAUAAGCACACUUGCUAUAAUUUGAUUUGGUCAGUGGUUUUCAUGUUAGUGCAACCUGAUUGGCUAAAAUUGUCAAAAURUUGCAAGCGAUGUUGCAGGCAGAAGCCAGGGUAUGAUUCCGCUUGUGAAGGUUGUGCACAAUGCAACAAAUUCCAGGGGUCAUUGGACAUACGCUGCAACAUUCCUAUYGUUUCACCUUGUGUCUGUUACUCUAUAUCACUUAAAGACGUGCUGAAACACAGGCAUGCGCAAACGAUUUCUUGUGCCCCUAGUAUUAAUAACUUAUUAAAUUAUUUUGUUACCAGAAGGGAAGGCAGAAGUAGUAGGUUAGUUUUCAUUGCAUAAAUAAUCUUUUGAACAGCUUACUUUUAACUUUACAUACUUUUAUUUAAAAAUAGCCUUAUGCUAUUAAUGUAUAGCUAAAUUAUUUUAAAAACUAAUUAUUUUGACACAUCGCUUUUUAGUUUAAUGUAUUUAUACUUCUGUAUUUAUGAGUGAGAUGGAUGGAAGUGGUGAGAAAAUGAGUGACCAAAAGUCAUAGUCUAUUUUUAGUGACUUUUUAAAAAAAUGUGAGAACUUA